CUCUGGCUCAGCGCGUCCCUCUCCCUCGGCGCAGCUUUGGGGGGGAGUGAGCAUGAGGAAGGUUGCCCGCUGUGGGCGCACGCCGUGGCUGCUCCUCACGUCUCCUCAGCGGAGCUGCCGAGCCGGGCAGGAUCCCGCCUCCCUCAGCGCGGGGCGCGCCGGGCCGGGCGCUGUGGGGAAAGGGCGCGCUGAGGCGCUCAGGGGCUGGUGGCGAGGCAGGUUAAAAUGUGUGUUUGAGUGCAAUCAAUCAGUGCGGGGCGUAGGAAGGAAUCUCAAUCCGUGCCGGCGCUGGGAAGUGACGGGAUGGGGCCGCUGGCUCCGCCUGCCGUCGGGAAAACUUUGGCUCGGAGUUGUGCGGGCGGUCUGGGUAAAACAGGUUAGAGAGCACAACCGGUGCACACGGCAAUGCAGAUUCCAAUUUUUACGGUCGAUGCAUUUACAAACCGGCCAUUUUCUGGAAAUCCUGCGGCAGUUUGUCUGCUUGAAAAUGACCUGGAUGAAGAUUUGCACCAAAAAAUUGCAACAGAAAUGAACCUUUCAGAAACAGCUUUCAUCAGAAAACUGAAACCUGGAGAUGACUUUACCAAAAGUUCCUGCUUUGGGCUCAGAUGGUUCACCCCAGCCAGUGAAGUUCCUCUCUGUGGUCAUGCUACUCUUGCAUCAGCUGCUGUGUUAUUUCACGUACAAAAAAAUACAAACUCAGUUCUCACGUUUGUGACACUGAGUGGGGAAUUAAAGGCCAGACAAGAGAAAGAUCAUAUUGUCCUGGACUUGCCACUUUACACAGCCUACCCCCAGGAACUUAAGGAAGUAGAAGAAUUAAUAAAGGCAGCUGUUGGUGACAUGGUUGUUCAAGAUGUCCGUUAUUCUCCCGACACAAGGAAGCUCCUGGUCCGCCUCAGUGAUACUUAUGACAGGUCUGUGUUGGAAAACUUGAAAGUGAGUGCACAACACUUUUUGUCAGCUGAAAAGACAGGAAAAUUGAAAGGACUCAUACUCACUGUUAAGGGAAAUUCCAGUGGAAAAGGCCAUGAUUUUUACUCCAGAUAUUUUGCACCUUGGGUUGGAAUUCUGGAAGACCCUGUUACAGGAUCUGCUCAUGCUGUUUUAAGCAGCUACUGGUCAGAGCAGCUGGGGAAGAAAGAAAUGCUUGCGUUUCAGUGUUCCCGCCGUGGAGGAGAGCUGCAGAUUUCCGUGCGCGGUGACGGCAGAGUUGACGUUGCUGGGCAAACUGCUGUUGUGUUAAAAGGAAACCUGACUUUGUGAAAGAACUGCCACCAAUCUCCCUCCAAUCUCACUUUAUGUUACUCUGAUUAUGCUGAUUUGAUCUCAGCUCUAGGCAGUGAAUUACUACUGUUCUCAAAAUCUUUGAUUACUCGUUGGCCAUUUUUAAAAAUGGCUUGAAAGUACUCACUUCUCAUCUUCAAAAUCCUUGGCAUUCUUCACGUCCAUCUUGCCACUUCCUAUGUGCACUGACCAGUGAAAAUGUUCGAGUACAGCUAUCUUGUUUUUCUGCUUUUAAAUGAUUCUUCUCUUUAUUUUCAAAUUCCAUGCUGAAAUCCCUUACUGCUUCUUGGAUUAAACUAUAAGCAUCUGUUUGAUAAUCAAACUUUUCCCAUGUAGAUAAUUUUUCAUGAAAUCUGAAUUAAUUAAAAAAAAAUACAUUGAAAUGGCAGCCAUGUUCACUAACUUACUUGAAUUAAAAUAUGAAAAAAUAGAAAUGA